GCGCGACACACUGGCACAUCAAUUUGAUAGGUCAGCGUUGUAGUAGUGUUUACUCUAUAUAUCGCACAACGCGCCGUUAACCAAUUGUUUAAAAAUGGAUACCGCUAACCAGAUCAUCUCCGUUGGAUCAUUUGGAGUGCUAAAAUUGCCACUUGGAUUUAUACGCGUCUUGGAAUGGCUUUUUGCCAUUUUUGCCUUUGCAACAUGUGGAGGAUACACUGGUCAGCUGCGGGUUAGUGUGGACUGUGUGAACAAGACUGACAGUAACCUAAGCAUCGGCAUCAACUUCGCCUAUCCAUUCAGGUUGCACCAGGUGUACUUUGACGCCCCAUCGUGUCAGGGGAAGAGGCAGGAGCAGCUCUUCCUCAUAGGAGACUACUCUUCCUCGGCUGAAUUCUUUGUCACCAUUGCAGUUUUCGCCUUUCUAUAUUCCCUUCUGGCUACUGUGGUCUACAUCUUCUUCCAGAAUAAGUAUCGUGAGAACAACCGAGGGCCCCUCAUCGACUUCAUCGUGACCGUGGUCUUCUCCUUCCUGUGGCUGGUCAGCUCGUCGGCCUGGGCCAAGGGGCUGUCGGACGUCAAGCUGGCCACAGACCCAGACGAGGUUCAGCUGCUGAUGUCCGCCUGCAAGGUCCAGGCCAACAAAUGCAGCUCUGUGUACGGGCCCAUCUGGUCUGGCCUCAAUACCUCUGUGGUUUUUGGCUUCUUAAACUUUGUCCUGUGGGCUGGGAAUAUCUGGUUCGUCUUCAAAGAGACAGGAUGGCACAAGUCGGGGCAGAGGUACCCGUCCGGAACCUCGGAAAAACAGGCGGGCGGAUUCAACCAGCAGCCCUACAACCAGGGCAGCUUCGACCAAUCAGGGGGCCUGAGUGCUCAGGGUGAUCUGGGUCAGCAGUCCAGCUAUGGGCAGGUGGGUGGGUACGCCCCCACUGGGCCCACCUCCUUCACCAAUCAGAUGUAGACUCCAGCGUCACAUUCUAAAGGUCACGCUUAAUGAGAACCCAGGGGCACUAAGGGAUGGGCAUCUCCAUCUGGCUUGUCUGUGGUUGGAGGGUGGCAUUCCUAGCAGUCAUGUGACAAAAAAAGAUAAUUGUUCUAGAUUGUCCCAGGUCCUAAUAUGUAGAUUAUAGAUAUAGAGACAGAUUUAUACAGGCACGACAGGUGUCAGUAUUUUAUGUAUUUGUUCCUUUUCUUUAUAACUUUAGGUUUGCUUUUCACUUACCUGAAUGUCGUAUUGCCAGUGGUUUCAGCUAUCUGUUAGCGGAUUCCUCUUCUGUGAUACCAUAGGUUCUGUGCCACAGACUGUCUAACCGUAAGUAUUUCUCAAAAUGGUUUGCACUCUUGUGAAAGAAAACAUGGUCAUUUGUACACUUAUUGAAGAUGAUUAUAGUGUGUUGAUUAAGUGCAUGAAAUUGUGCUGUUCAAGUUGUCAAUAUGCCUGUUAGUGUACAUUUACAUAUUUUUUUAUAAUAAUGAUAUGAAACUGGCAGGAUUUUAUUUAUCUUAGUUCCUUAAAUUUAUAUUUAGAUUUUGUUUCAGAUUACCCUUAUAUAUUUUCCUAACAAAUAGAUUGACUGCGAGUAGCAUGUUCUAUUCUAAUGCACUCCAACAUGACUUAUGCCUGUAUAUGGGGUCCAAAUACACUGUUUUAUUGAUCUUGUUAUUGUACCUUUCUGCACAAAGGAGAAUUCUGUCACUGUUUGUGAAGAUUUUGAUGUGAGUGUUUAUAUUUGUAAAAUGAGCAAAUAACUGUAUCCUCUUUGUUUACAAAUGCUCUUAUAAAAGAUUUUAAUAAGAACAAUUGUUUUUAUGUUGCACUUAGACUGGUAUGAAAUUACAAUUAUAGUAUAGUAAAACAUAAAAACCAUAGCAUAGUUAUAAUCUAGGGGCAAAAUAUUUGAAUCUAAAGAAACAUAGGCAUCUGUAUAUAACCUACCAUUUAAUAACCACACCAAUUUGCAUUUACACUUUACAAAUAACGAUCAUGUUUAUAUGACCUAAAGAAAAAAUUAAAUACGCAAAAAAAGUUUGUAAAUUAAUGUUUUCUUAAUCGUGCAAUCCUGUUUCUUGAUUCCCAAAGCAUGUGGUUCAGUUUAUCAAGGUGACUGUAUUUGUUUAAAAAAUGAAUUCCAUUCUUGUGUUUGCCGUGACCUCAGUGUUACAUUAUAAUGUGGCAAAAGUCGGAGUCUGUUUACUUGUUGUAAUCUGUACAUGAUUACUGGAUGUGACUGAAAUUGUAUAAGCGUCUCAAGUAACAUGAAUAAAGAUGUUGCACACUCA